AGACAAAAAUCCUCUUCUAUAUACAAUCCACACCUCUUGUUAGGUGUUGCGGUCCAUCAACUUUGUACCUUUUAAAUUUUCAGAUUGACCCGACUAAGCGUCGCCAAACAUUUAAACGUAUCAAUCUGUUGCUCAAGCAGGCUGCAUCACUAGACCAAGCAUACUCAGGAAAAUUGUUAUUUUCUGAAAAUUUUGAAAGAAGGGAUAUUGGAGGUGGAGGAGAGCUUUGCUGGGGGUUUAAGCAGUCUCUCAAAGAAACUCAAAUGGGCAUGUCCCUCAAUUUGCAGAUGUCUGCCAGGGCUUAUUAUCAGCCCACGUUAGUCUACGAUUUUACUAGAGAGUUUCUCGGGAGAGAUACAUCAGGGCCACUUUCAGCCGGAGAACAUCGUAAGGUCGCAAAAGCUGUCAAAGGCCUUAAGGUGGAAGUUGAUGGUGAGAAUUACACCAGAAAGUUUAAUGUUCUAGGGUUGACCACAGAACCGCUUGGAGACCUAAGGUUUGUUGAAAGCUACACACCGCUGAAUCUAAAUUUUCCUGCCAUAUUAAUCGGGACUGCAAUAUCGCCCAAAUAUAUUCCAAUGGAGCUUUGCAGAAUAGCUCCUGGGCAAAGUUAUCCUCUGACCAAUCGAAAGCAAGCGGACAGAUUUCAUAUGUACGCAUGCGACCCCCCGUUGCACAGAAAAAAUAACAUAUGCAUGACGGUUAGAGAUAAUAAGUACAAUAUCAAUAGUUUGGUGAGAGUGACUGAACAGAUGACAACUAUAGAUGCACGGGUUCUUCCACCACCCGCUAUCACCUAUUAUUCUUCAGUGGAAGGCUUGAAAGACUUUAUCCCAGUCAACGGUCAAUGGACGUUGACUGAUAAGAACUUCGUGAAUGCUGGAACGGUUAAUCGUUGGGGCAUUGCCAACUUCUCCCGAAGAAAUAUCUAUGGUAUAGGCUACUUUUGUGGUAAAGUCGUUCAGAUGUGCAGGAAGAUGGGAAUGGUAUUUAAUCCCAUACCCAUGUUCCAAAGAUCUUAUCCGCCUGUCGACAUUGCCAAGAUUCUAAAGGAUAUCAAGGCUGAGUACCACCAUCUAGACCUUUUAUUUGUGAUACUUCCGGACGACAAAGAAGUAUACGCUAUCAUUAAACGAGUCUGCGAAACGGAUAUUGGGGUAAUCACCCAGUGUUUUAGACAUAGAAAUGUGGAAGAAGUCACAAAUGACUAUCUUGAGCACGUGGCUUUGAAGAUUAAUGUUAAGGUGGGGGGCAGGAAUACUUUUUUGUCUGCAGCUCACAAUAGAACCCUCCGAUAUGUUAGUGAAGUUUUUACCAUAAUUAUGGGGGCUGAUGUAACACACCCAAUACCAGGAGACAGAUCCAGCCCUUCGAUUGCUGCUGUGGUAGCAUCUAUGGACUGGCCCGAACUAACGAGGUACAGAGCCAUGUUCUCUGCACAGUCGAAUGGGAUGGAAAUAAUUCAGGAUGAACGUUUAAUAAGGGAGCAAUUGCUAUCCUUUUACCAAACACAUGGAAAACCUGAAAGAAUUAUAUACUAUAGAGACGGAGUUGGUGAUAGCCAGUUUAGACGGCUCCUAGACAGCGAACUGGGCCUCAUCCGCAAGGCUUGUGAAUCCUUGGCCGAGAAUUAUAGACCUAAUGUGACUUUUAUAGUCAUGAUAAAACGACACAAUACUCGCCUCUUUCCUUCGUUGGAUCAUGAUAGCAGUGGCAAUGUUCUUCCUGGUACUGUGGUUGAUACGCAAAUCUGUAACCCGACUGAUUUCAACUUCUUUCUAUGCAGUCAUGCUGGUAUUAAGGGAACGAGUCGGCCCGCCCACUACUAUCUUCUUCAUGAUGAGAAUGGAUUCACUGCUGAUGGGUUGGAAAGGCUUACAUAUGAUUUGUGCUAUAUAUGUGUAAGGGGUACCCGAUCGAUUUCAAUUGUCGCCCCGGUGUAUUAUGCAGAUUUAGCUGCGUAUCGUGCUCGCUGCUACAUUGAAGGAGAUCGUGCUGAAAGGCAAGUGGCUGAUGAAUUAAUAGAGUUACCAGCGAUUCAUGAAGAUCUCAGAAAUGUGAUGUUCUACUGUUAGGUGAGUUUGUAGGGAUUAUUCAAAGUGGAAAUUUUGGAUUUGAUAUGUUUGUUAGAUCAUCCCCCUGUCGAUUGAUGUAAAUAAUAGUUAGUAUAUUGCAAAAAAGAGUGUGCUUUGCUGCCAAGCAUGCUACAUGUGACAGCAUUCUAUGAUGAUAUGAUAGUUCUGAAUAGAAAGGUUAACUGUUGGUAUUACUUAGAAAA